AUGGUGCCUGCAACCGCCGUGCAGCAGCAGCAACAACUUAUGGUGGAGGUCGUUGGUGAACAGUACGCAGCAGCGUGCUCUCCAAUCUCGAAGAUGCUGAUGCCGCGUGCUGGCCGGAGGGUGCUGCUGCUUGCUGUCCGGAGGCUGCUGGUGCGUGAUGAACGGAGACUGCUGCUGCGUGCUCCGAGGCUCAAAGCUGCGGCGGCGCGAGUAAAGCACAAGGUGAUGACUCCAUAUCAUCCUCGAGCUAAUGGGCAGGCAGAGUUGGCUAAUCGAGAAAUCAAACAAAUUUUGGAGAAGAGUGUAGCCAACAAGAAGGAUUGGGCAAAACACUUGGAUGAUGCUCUUGGGCAUAUCGCACUGCCUACAAGACUCCUAUUGGCAUAUUGGGCAAUGAGGAGAAUCAAUUUGGAGUUCAAUGAGGUCGGAUUUACAAGGCGGGAUCUGUUGACGGAGUUAGAUGAGUGGCAGAAUAAGGCCUAUGAGAGUUCUCGAAUUUACAAGGAGAGGGGCAAGAAAUUCCAUGAUUUGAGCAUUCGUACAAAGGAGUUCAAGCCGGGACAAGAGCUAUUCUUAUAUGAUUCUAAGCUUCGUUUAUUUCCUGGCAAGCUGCAGUUUAGAUGGAGAGGUCCAUAUGUGGUACACAAGAGUAAUUGGAAUGAGACUUAUGAGUUACUUGCUUCAAACGGUUCCACAUUUACUGUCAAUGGUCAUCGUCCCAAGCCAUACUUCAAGGCAGAGUUAGACCGCAGUGGUGAAGUGGUCAAGUUCAUCGAUCCAUGA